UCUACUUCCUCUUUUACUGUGGCAGUCUGCGAGAGGCACCAUGAAAGCGUCUGGCACACUUAGGGAAUAUAAAGUAAUUGGGCGCCUGCUGCCCUCUGCCAAGAACCCUACUCCUCCUCUAUAUCGCAUGAGGAUCUUUGCUCCCAACCAUGUAGUGGCCAAAUCCCGCUUCUGGUACUUUGUCUCCCAGCUGAGGAAGAUGAAGAAGGCUUCAGGAGAGACAGUCUACUGUGGCCUGGUACAUGAGAAGACACCCCUGAAGGUGAAGAACUUUGGCAUCUGGCUGCGUUAUGAUUCCCGCAGUGGUACCCACAAUAUGUACAGAGAGUACAGGGACCUGACCACCUCUGGAGCAGUCACACAGUGCUAUCGGGAUAUGGGGGCCCGCCAUCGUGCUCGUGCCCACUCCAUCCAGAUCAUGAAGGUGCAGGAAAUUGCUGCCAACAAGUGUCGCAGACCUGCUAUCAAGCAGUUCCAUGACUCCAAGAUCAAGUUCCCUCUGCCCCAUAGGGUUCUGCGCCGUCAACACAAGCCCCGCUUCACAACCAAAAGACCAAACACCUUCUUCUAAAGGAGUUGUCUUUUUUCACAGUGUGUGGCAAAAUAAAAUUUCUGUUAUAGAAAAUAUAA